AUGAAAAUAAAUAGAGUUGUGGGUUUCGCUUGUUAUGUAUUGUUUAAGUUAUGGACGGUUUAUGCUAAUGAACAGCAAGCGUAUUUUGAAACGUGCCGUCGAGCGUGUAACACGGAUCUGCUCCCAAAGAUCAUUGAUUUAAUGAAUUCUUCCACGUUGGUGGAUUCCCAAUACAAGACCUUGGCACCUUAUUGGCAGACCUGUCAAUACCGAUGUUACCGGUGUUUUUUACCUGGUGCCGUCAUCGGCAUGAACUAUCUGAAGCAACUUUUUGCUAUACGGGAGCAGAACAAGGCAGGUUCAUUGGUGGAGAUUGCACGCAUCAUAGACAAAAUGGAUUGGAGUUUUCGGGAUUGUUAUGGCAACUGGGAAAAGGCCAAUAGUGAAGGGGACUAUGAUUCAACAUUCUAA